AUGUCCGUAUUUAUUUCUUUCCUUUUAUACGUAUUUAUUUCUUACCUUUUUCACGUGUUUAAUUCUUUCCUUUUUUACCUUUUUAUUUCCUUCCUUUUUCACGUGUUUAUUUUCUUCCUUUUUACGUAUUUAUUUAUUUCCUUUUUUACGUAUUUCUUUCUUUCCCUUUUUACGUAUUUAUUUCCUUCCAUUUUUACGUAUUUAUUUCCUUUUUACGUAUUUAUUUCCAUCCUUUUUCACCUGUUUAUUUCCUUCCUUUUUUACGUAUUUAUUUCUUUCCUUUUUUUACGUAUUUAUUUCCUUCCCUUUUCACGUCUUAAUUUCCUUACGUUUUCCCGUGUUUAUUUCCUUCCCUUUUCCCGUAUUUAUUUCUUUCCCUUUUCCCAUGUUUAUUUCCUUCCUUUUUCCCAUGUUUAUUUCCUUCCUUUUUCCCAUGUUUAUUUCCUUCCUUUUUUACGUGUUUAUUUCCUUCCUUUAUACGUAUCAUAA